AUGAUGCACCAUGAGCUGCUGGACGUGGAGACGAACGACUUCCUGAACAUAACCAUCAGCAACGUGCAGAUGCCCAAAGUGGAGUAUGAAGAAAUCACCAUCGACGAUUACUCUCUGACCAUCCAGAUCCUGAAACCUGCAGGCUUCGUGGAGACGGCGCACUACCCCCUACUGCUGCUGGUGGAUGGCACCCCUGGUGGUCAGGUGGUGACGGAGCAGUUCCAGAUGGACUGGGCGACAGUCCUGGUGAGCUCCUACAGCGCCGUCGUGAUGCGCUUCGAUGGGCGUGGCAGCGGAUUUCAGGGCACCAACCUAUUACACCGGAUCUACCGGAAGCUGGGGGUGUUUGAGGAGCACGACCAGUGCGAGGCCCUCAGUCUCAUAGCUAAGAAGCCGUACGUCGACAAAACCAGGAUGGGAGUUUACGGACGGGUGUACGGCGGGUACCUGGCCAGCCUGCUGCUGAGCAACGAAGACACGCCGCUCAAGUACAACUUCAGAUUUAAAUGUGGAGCGGCCGUGUCUCCCAUCACCGACUUCAGCCUCUACGCCUCGGCGUUUUCGGAGCGAUAUUUAGGGUCACCGCAGACCAAUCGGAGGGUUUAUGAGAUGUCCAGUUUAGCUCAUCGUACAAGCCAACUAGGAGACAAGAAGUUCCUGCUCGUUCACCCCACAGCCGACGAGAAAGUUCACUUCCAGCACACGGCCAGAUUUAUCACUCAUCUAAUAAACGACAACGCUAACUACACGCUACAGAUCUACCCAGACGAGGGGCACCACCUGCGCUCCGAAAGCUCGCACAAGCACCUGGGUCAGAGUCUGGUCAACUUCUUCGAGGAGUGCUUCAGACCCCCGGAGAUGGUCUCGGAGGAGGACGAGGCGCAGGAGGACGAGGACGACGGCUAAAAACAAAAAAACAAACCCCGACCCGCUCGGCGCGCAAACUGCCCCUCAUUUCCCUUCAUUUCAUCUCGAUUUGGGACAGAGCAUCUGCAUGGACCGAGCCCACGUCACGUCCGACACGCCGAAACCAAGAGGCGAACGUCUCUCCUUCAUCCGACCCUCCGGGCGAGCUGCCCGGCUGGUAAAGCGGCCUCGUGUGGACUGAGCCACGCCCUUCCCUGGCGCUCGCUCAGCUCACACGAACGGUACAAACUUAUAUAUACAGUAUAUAGCACAAGAUGUACGAUAGGAAAAUCAAAUGUGAUCACAUGACGACGUUCAGCGUCGUGCGUCCGACUGUAACGCCUGAUACUGACCAAAGUUCUCACACCCCUCGUUUCACUGCUCCUCUCGGCGUAACCCUGACAUGUGACUUUUGCUUUAUUUAAUCUAAAAAUGAGCAGAACUGAAUUUAGCGAGGGGUGUCAGAACUUUAGCAUGUUUUCCAGACUAUAAAGCCGCUCUCAGACCUGCACGUUUACCCAGAAAUAAAUAAAUAAAUAAAUAAGCAUAAAUGAGACAUUCGGAGGCAAAAACAGGAUCAGGUGUUUGGAUGGGUGCAUUCUGGAGACGAUGUUCAUGUGUGUUGUGUGUAUGUUGAUCUGAUCUAUUAUUUGAUGGUUGUUUGAUUGUUGUUUUUUUCACCUGAAGUGUCUCAGUGCCUCAAAAAAAAAAAACCAUUAGCUUUUCAUUCAUAGGAAAUUCUCAGUAGGUCAGUUUGGGUGUAAAAUAUUAAUUAUAUUUAUUAUAACUUGUUCUAGCAAGACGAGAUCCUUAAAGUCAUGACCUCAACACCACUCCUUUGGGGUGAAUCGGAGCACUGAUGGUGAGCCAGGCUUUCCAACACGAGUGCCUGACACGUCGAGGUCUUGUGGAACAUAACAUUAUGACCACCUUCCUAAUAUUAUGUCGGUCCCCCUUUUGCUGACCUGACCCAUCGAGGCAUGUCUGUUGGAUCGGACCACACGGGCAUCAAUGAGCCUCGGUCGCCCAUGACCCCGUCGCCGGUUUACUACCACUGUUCCUUCCUUGGAGCACUUUUGAUAGAUACUGACCACUGCAGACCGGGACACACCCCACAAGAGCUGCAGUUUUGGAGAUGCUCUGACCCGGUCGUCUAGCCAUCACAAUCUGGCCCUCACGCUCGCUCAUUUUUCCUGCUUCUAACAUCGACUUUGAGGAUAAAAUGUUCACCUGCUGCGUAAUAUAUCCCCACUUCACCUGUUAAUGGUCAUAAUGUUAUGCCUGCUCGGUGUAAAUCCCUUUGGUUGUGGAUAACGCUCUGGUGUCCACUGCAGUGUAUUUUACCCGAGAUGAUUGACUUGUAACAUCAAAUUACUCACUUCAUUAUACACACGUCAUAUGUGAAUGAUUGAGAAAUAGAAGUGCUGUCUACACCAGCGCCUCGGUUUGAAACUCGGCGUUGCCACCGGUUGGCUGGGCGCCAUCUAGCGGGCAUAAUUGGCAGUGCCUGCCGAUUGGGAUGGCCGGACUAUGCGGGUGGGGUCUUCGAACGCUGUGUAAGGACCCUGAUUAGCAGAUAGAGCGCGGCGAUAUACCCACCCGACUGCAAUCAGGGAUCCUCAGCAGCGGAAGGAAAAUUUACUACGAUCAAUUGGGGUGAAAAUGGGAGAAAAUGCAUCAAUACAAUAGAAAAAAAAAAAGGGCGAAUCACUUUGGUGAACUGAGUCAAAUCUAAAUUCCACUGAAUCUGUGGAUGAGUUGGCAUGGUGAGCAGAAAUCGACAUGAAUGCCGUCGCACCGGUCCGAAUCCCUGAUUCCUCACUGCUGCUCCGUCCGUAUGAACCGAAGUGUUGAAGGUUUUGGAUGUUUUUGUGCUCUGGUGUGUUUUAUAGUCUGGAAAAUAAAAUUUGAAUAAAUUCAGGCGCCGUUUUUGGAUCCUAAAACUCCAUCCCAGCCAAACGACGUGGAACCUCCUGUCGGGUGGAGCGUUUCCGUUCCAGCGCAGCAGCUUUAAUCCCCUGUAAUAAACGAGCCGUCCGUGUUAAUUAGCUUCCUGAACGAGUAACUAAUGACGUUCUGUGUUCUGUUCCGUUAGUGACUGAACCGUGUGAGGUGGAACUUUAGCUCAUAACGACGACGUGAUUAUUUUAGUCACUGUGCCUUACGGAAGCUGGACGUGAACAGAAAGCGCUACGACUACGUCACGCCGCGGCGAGCGACAGUAUUGCGGCGUCUCGGUGUUUUCCAUCCGCUCGGCUGUGGAGCAGGGCUGGCUGAUACUGCCGCGGUAUCACCGUAACACAACGUCAACAAUAUCCAGUUAGAUCGAUUACAGAAGUGAAUUAAAUAUUCAGACCGUUUCAUCUCUAAGGGUGGCACGGUGGGUAGCGCUGUCGACUCACAGCGAGAAGGUCCCGGGUUCGAUCCCCAGGCGGGGCGGUCCGGGUCCUUUCUCCCACAGUCCAAAAACGUGCAGUCAGGUUAAUUGGAGACACUGAAUUGCCCUACAGGUGAAUGUGUGUGUGCCCUGCGAUGGACUGGCAGGGUAUUACUGUGUGCCUUGCGCCCACUGAAAAGCUGGGAUAGGCUCCAGAUUGAGUGUUUCAUCUCUGCCCUGCGCUGAAUGUUUAUUUCUUAUUUAUUUAUUUAUUUAUUAGGAUUUUAACGUCAUGUUUUACACACUUUGGUAGAUUCAUCAAACACAGUCAUGAACAAUUUUGUAUCUUUGUACUGUGGGAGGAAACCGGAGCUCCCGGAGGAAACCCACAGGAACUCCACACAGACAGGACCCCGCACCGCACCGCCCCACCUGGGGAUCAAACCCAGAACCUUCUUGCUGUGAGGCCACCGUGCCGCCCUCCUGCACUGAAUGUGGACACGUUCUAUAUGUGGGACUGUCGAUGCAAACGCUGGUCUGGACUAGUGGCAGUGAUAGCUCAGUGGUUAAUGUACUGGACUAGUAAACAGAAGGUUGCCGGUUCAAGCCCCGCCACCACCAAGUUGCCACUGUUGGGUCCCUGAGCAAGGCCCUUAACCCUCAAUUGCUCAUCGUGUUCAGAUCAUUGUGUAAGUCGCUUUGGAUAAAAUGAACAUGAAAAUGUAAAUGUAGAAGUUUGGGUUCCCACUCGUUUCCGGAAGCAUGUAGAAGGUGGAUUGGCUGCCCUGUAUUGCCCUUAGUUGUGAGUCCUGCUGCUUUGGGAAGGAUUGUUUGACGUGUGGCACUGCUGAAUGAAACCGCAAUUAACUCCAGGUACUUCGAUUAGCUCGCCACUACAACUGCAUUCAUGUAUUUCCGUGAUGUGGUCCAUGACCGAGAGUACUUGAUCCUGCACAUUUGUAAAGCUCCUCCCAUAAGAACUGGCUACAUAUAUAUCAUGAUAAUAUCGUGUUAUCGUAUCGGCCAGCCCUACUGACUAAGCCCUACUUCAGUUUGGUAAAAUCAUCCGUUCAGUAUUUUGUGUAUUUAAUCGAGCAGGACGUGUUCGGUGUCUGUUUAUCAGUGUUGCAUUGAAGCUAAAAGUAUGUGGACACUCCUGUGACUAUUAAGUUCGGGUGGUUCAGCCACGCCCUUCCUCGCGAGGCGUUCAAAUUCCAUUCGGAUGAGUUUAAUGUGGAGGAACUCAAACGAUCCGACGGAUUUCAUAUGAAUGGUCAUAAAGUGUGUCACGUCCACAUACUUUUGGCUGAACAGUCUGAUGGAACCCAGCAGGUGAUGUACACGUCUGUAUUUUCGGUAUGAAGCUCCUCUGCGUGUUCUUCGUUUGUUCAGGCAUGCUGGAGAUGGAAACGCUUGUAUUUUCUUUUGAUUUCUAUCACGUGUCCGAGUGUUGUGACGUGGGACAGACUGAACGUGUGUGUGUGUGGUUCUGUUGUGUAAUUACUGUCGUGAUUCCUCGUCUGGUCCGCUCAUGUGCAGGCGUGUAAAUGACGGAACUCUGUGUGACUUGUACAUAAAACAUUUUCAAAGCUUCA